AUGGCAACGUACGGUGAUACAUUAAAUCAAACAUUCCCAAGAUUAUCAUCAAUUGGAGAUGAUGAAUUACAUCGUACGUUUCAUACGUCAUCAUCAAAUACAAAAGCAACUGGCUUCAAUUUUGAACAGCAAUUUAUGUUUGAUAAUGCAUUUCAUUCAAUAACAUAUCAGCCAACUGUAUCAUGUCAACAAAUGACAACUGAACACCUUGAUCGUUUAUGUUAUUCUCCUAAGCCAGUGUUUUCUCCUCGUGUUACUCCUCAGCAACCACCACAACAACAGCAGCAACAGCAAAUGCCAUCAUUGCCAUCAAAUCGUUUAAAUCCAUUUCGAGCAUUUCUAAUUGUUAAUCGUUUAACAUCAUCAAUUAUCAGUGUUAAUCGGCAAGCUUGUGAAUAUUUUUGGUAUACAGAAAAUGAACUCAAAAAUAAAACAAUCGAUAAUUUAAUACUCGAUGAAAAAUCUUCAUCUGUUAUAACAGAUUCAUUUUUAAGUCAACAAAGUGGACAAACAAAAAUUCUUGCAGGAAAAAUUGUCUAUGUUCUACUUGGUACCGGUGAACGUGCACGUUUUUCUUUAUUCGUACAAGAUCUCGAUGGCGAUGAAACACCGUUACGUUUUUAUGGAUUUGAACCAAUACAUGUAAUGCAAGGAAAAAUACUAUGUGAUAAACAAGGUGCAAUAAUUUCAUCAGAUAAUAAUUUUUCUAUAUUAUUUCAUAAUACAAUGAUUGAUAAUAAUCAACUAAAUGAAAAUCAUCAUAUUGGAGAUUUUAUUCCAACAUUAAAAGAUCCAAUAAAAUUUAAACAAUUAUUAACACAUCGUACAUAUCGAACCACCGGUUUGCUGAAUAGCGAGAAGAAAUUAUCUAUACCAUUAAUGAUAACAAUAUUGAAAACUAAUGAAGAUAAUAUUGAAUUAAGUCUAUCAAUUAUGUCGAAUGUUAGCGGACUAAUUAUGUUAGAUGAAACAUUUACUAUACGAGCAUAUAAUCCUUAUUUUGUUCAAUGUUUACUCGGUUAUCGUUCACUAGAUUUAAUUAAUCAUCAUAUAACUGAAAUAUUACCAGAAUUCAAUGAAUUAAAUGGUACACAAUCGAAUAAUCUUUCAAUCAGUACAAAUAACGAUCAUGAAGAUGAAAAUCUUUCGUGUCAAUCAUUAGCAGGCGACGACGAGUUGAGUAAAAGUGAUGGUUCAUCUAAUACAUUGAACGAUUCAUCCAUUGAGACCACACCACAAUCGUCAAGAGUAUUUCAUUCAAUAGAAAAUAAAGUUGUUAACGAAAAACGUCUAUCAAAUCAACUACCUAUUGAUAAACGAUUAACAACCGGUGGAUUAGCAUCAUUUAAAACUACAUCAACACCAGUAGCAAAGUCGUCUAACAAAUCUGAAGUUAAAGUCGAAUCGGAUGAACAAACAGCCUUUCUCCAAACCAUCGCUAAACAUAAAAAUGGAACAUUUAUUGGUGUUAUUUAUACAUCACACCGUAUAGAUUUAUCGGAUGGGACAUAUCGUUAUUCUAUGUGGUUAUCACGUGAUAAUACUGAUCCACAUUUGAUUGAAAUGCAAAAAUUACUUGAUCAUAAUCAAUCUAUCAUAGCCAUGGAUGAUUUAUCAGUAUCGUUUUCGAAUAAUUCGUCAUCAUUCAAUGAUAAUCAAACAUUUGAUACAAAAUAUGUUAUUACUCGACAACGUGGUCGUGGUGGUUAUGGGCAAGUUUAUCUUGGCCAUGAAAAAUCAAAUGAUUCUAAUAAAGUCGUGAUUAAAUUUAUUAAAAAAACAAAAGUAAAACUUCAUCGAUAUGUCGAAAGUUUUGAACCAAAGAAACGAAUUCUAUAUGAAGUUGCUGUACUUAAACAACUAAAACAUUCAAAUAUUGUCGAAAUUUUGGACGCAUUUGAUACAGAUAAUUAUGUUCAAAUGGUAAUGCCAUUGCAUGGCCAAGGCAUUGAUUUAUAUGAAUUUGUUGAAAAGGGUGCCAAAAUUGAUGAACCAUUGGCAAGCUAUAUUUUCCGACAGGUAGUCGAAGCGGUGAGCUAUUUACAUCAUAAUCACGUUGCUCAUCAAGAUAUUAAAGAUGAAAAUUUAAUUAUCGAUGAACAAUUUCACAUAAAACUCAUUGAUUUCGGUUCAGCCAUAUCUAUAACUCAACCAAAUAUGUAUACAAGUAAUUUUGGUGGUACGACUGAAUUUUGUUGUCCGGAGUUUUUUCAAACUGGAAGUUGUCAACCAUUUCUAGCUGAUAUAUGGGCAAUGAUGGUAACAUUAUAUGUAAUAAUAUUUCGUCGCUAUCCAUUUUUAAAUCCUGAUGAAAUAAAGCGAUGUGAAUUAGAUCUUAAAUUUUUACAAUCACGCAGCUCAGAUGAACUUUAUGAUUUAUUUGCAUCAACCCUUAUUCGUCAACCAUACAAUCGUUUAACUAUGCAUGAAAUUCAAACACAUGAUUGGGUUCAACAACCAUUCCAUAUGGAAUUAUAUUCGUGGAAUGUUGUUACACAAAAUUCAUUAGAGGAUACAUUUUUAAAUGGUAAUCAUCUAGCAAGUGGUGAAGAUGAUAAUAAUCCUGAUCAUUCAUUUGCUAGUUUAACACGUCAAAUACAAAAUCAAUUUCAUUUAUUUGAUAACGAUAAAAAAGAUAAUAAGUCAGAUAAGAAUGAUCUUUUUGCUUAUGUAAAUUGUAAACAUGCAUCGAUUUAA